CAAAAAGCAAACAUCUAUUUACGGCAGAGAAAACGAUAAUCUCUUCUGAUAUUCAGAACCACAAAAGAAAUGUUCCACAAUUUCAUUGUCGUCUAUUUUUAGAGGUUUCUCUAUUCGUAAGAAGGUAAAGAGAAACAAAGAAGGAAGGAAAGAACAAAAAAAAUGGAAGGGAAAGAGAAAGAAGAAGCGAAGAGGAGGACGAUGAUGAAUAAGAUCAAACUUAAGGAGACACAACAAGAGAUAAGCCAAGAAGACGUCAAAAGACAAGAAGCUUACAACAUGUCCCCACGUGUACGUGGUGGUGGUGGGCUGGCGGGUAUGGUGAAGUCAUCGAGCGUGAGGCUAAGCUGUUUGUGUGCACCAACCACACACCCUGGCUCCUUCAGGUGCCGUUACCACCGUCGUAACGCUGGACUCGGAAUGUCACGUGGCAUAUCUGUUCCGACUAACCUUUCAAUGUUGGCUGGAGGAGGAGGAGGCUCUAAUUCUACCUCUGGCUCUCCCAAGUCCUGAAGUCGUCCCACGAUUAAAUAAAAUAUAAAUGAAUGUGUUUCUUCUCAAUACUAAAUUUCUCAAAUGUGUGUUUUGUAUAUAAAAUAUUGAGA